AUGCUGCAGUAAUAAUCAACAAUUAAAAGAAUAAAAGGACAUUCUCCUUAGAGAUCACCAGGUAAAUUCUGUUCAAAUUUAUUGAAUAUUAGUAAUAAAUUUGCAGGGACAGGUGGAAGUAUUAAUAUAUAAGUUAUAUGACAUUUAGUGUGUUCAUCAUUAGCUCCAAAGAAAAGUUAAGCUCCAUAAAAAGUACCAAAAUCAGGGAUCUUUUAAGCUUUGCCUAUGAUUGAAUAGACUUUAUUUAAAAAAUAUUAUGAUCGUGGAGAUCUUCCAAUUGCUGUUAAUUUUAGUGGAGCUGUUAGAAAGAUCGUUUGGAAAUGUGAACCUGAAUGCUUAGAUUAUCAUUUAUAUCUUCCUAUAUUCUUUGAAGGACUCAGAGAAACUGAAGAUCCUUAUAAAUUCUUAGCUGUCAAUGGAUGUGAAGAAUUAUUAUAAAAAGGAGAAACUAAGAUAUUAUCAGUCUUACCUUAAUUGAUCAUUCCUAUCAAAAGUAAAUCAUUUAUAAUAUUAACAUUCUUUAAUAGAAGCCUUAGCAACUAAGAAUCAUGAUAUUAUGUGUAUUACCUUAAAGAAAAUAUAGAAAUUAGUCAAAAGUGGUUAAAUGAUAGGAGAAGCCUUAGUUCCUUAUUAUAGAUAAAUACUACCUGUUUUGAAUAUGUAUAAGAAUAAAAGAUGUAAUAUUCAAUUAUCAUUUAUUUUAGUAAACAUUGGAGAUAAAAUUGAUUAUUCAUAAAGAAAAAAUGAAAAUCUAUCUGAUCUCAUUUAAGAAACAUUAGAAACACUUGAAAAAAAUGGAGGAGAAGAUGCAUACAUUAAUAUUAAAUAUAUGAUACCUACAUAUGAAAGUUGUAUGUUUUGA